AUGGAUACCUCUGUAUCAGAAGAGAGUGACUCUGCUAGCAGCAGCAACGCAGAGGAGAAUCACUCCAAGACCGUUUGCAAAACCCUCUAUGAAUGUACAAGUCUGGAGUCUGACUCUGAAUUUGAUGAGGAACUCUGCAAGAAAGAUAUUGAAGAACUUUUGAAUACCAAUCCAGAUGUUUUCAAACACUGUAAACUUGUAAUGGAAAGACACAAUAAGGCGUAUGCCAGGCCUCUCGACGAACCAACACUCUGUAUCAAAAUCUCUGGAAGAGAAAAUGUGGGCAGGUCUUUUCCUGGAGAUGAUGUCUGUGUAGAGAUCUUGAACAGAGAACAGUGUCCGCAGGAAGGUGAAGUGUUAAAAGGGAGGGUUGUCGGACUAAUAAAUAGAGAUGAAAACUCCCUAACCUUCAUCUGUAAGAUGGUGGAAGGCAACCCAAAACUUGUUACACCUGUUAACAAACACAUGACCAGAAUACGAACAGUUCAAACAAAGCCUGACAUGGGGAUAGUUGAACUACGACAAUACAAGUGUGGACACUGGGUCAGAAAGGAAUUUGUAAAUAUUGCUGAGAAUCAAAUGUUGAUAGUCAAGGUUAUAAAAUGGGAACAUGGGAAAACAUACCCUCUCGGAGUGGUUACAAAUGUAAUUCCAGAGUGUGAUGCUUUGGAUGAAAUGCUAGACAUUGAACUUGGCUGUAAAGACACACCUCCACCAUUCAAACUACAACCUGAAGACGAUAAGGCUUUAGACAGGAUGAAUUUGUGUGACAUUAUCACUUUCACCAUUGACCCACCUACAGCUGAAGACCUGGAUGACGCCAUUAGUGUGAGUGAAAUUAACUGUGAUCGCUAUCAGAUUGGUAUUCACAUUACAGACGUCGCAAGUUGCAUUUCCAAAGAUAGCGAGCAAGACCAAUUCGCUAGACUGCGUGGCAAAACAAUUUACACUCCAGAGAAGGGAGACGUGACCUUCAUGUUUUCAAGAGAGCUGAGCAAUGACCACUUGAGUGUUUUGCCUGAAAAGAAACGGAAAGCCAUAUCCCUGCUGAUAGACAUUGACAAGAAAACAAGCAAUAUACUAAACUUUGAUUUUGCUGAAACCCUGAUUAUAUCUGACAGACGGAUGUCAUACGAAGAGGCUGACCAAAUUAUUCAGAAGUACUGCUUGGAUGACACUGAGCCUCUGCGGUUCUCUUGCGUGGAGGAUUGUGUAGCUGUCGCUUACCGUUUCUCCGAAGAGCACCGAAAAUGCAGGCUGGAAGAUGGAUGGCUGUUUGGGAGGCAGGCAGGGCAAAGUUGCUCUCGUGCAAUGGUGGAGGAACUAAUGAAUCUCUACAAUAGUGCUGCAGCUGAAGAACUCAUAUCUACAGGUGUCACAAGAGAUCUCACACCACUGAGAUACUGA